AUGGCUAGCCAACAAGACUGGGAGACCAUGUUCAAGGACGACAAGUUCGUCAAGAACUACAAGACCGGUGAACACAUCACCGGCCAGUUUGCGCACUCCCUUUUGGACCAAAGCGGUCUCGUCAAAAAUGCGAACAACAACCCCAGCGAACCUCUGGUUGUGUUGGACAAUGCUUGUGGAACUGGUAUCGUCUCCAGCAUCCUGCACAACAAGCUAGAUGCCGCCGUGAAAGCCAACUGGAAGUUAACCUGCGGUGAUAUAUCCCCGGGCAUGGUUGAAUAUACUCGGCGCCGGAUGGCUGAGGAGAGCUGGCUGAAUGCUGAAGUCAAGACUGUGGAUGCUCAGGACACAAAGCUCCCUUCGGAUCACUUCUCACACGUUGUGACUGCAUUUGCUUACAUGGCUGUUCCAAAGUCACUCGAUGCUCUUGACGAUACGACACGCAUAUUGCAGCCCGGGGGCAGUAUUGCCUUUUCCACCUGGAUAAAGCCUGGCUGGAUCUCCAUUGUGGAAAAGGCAAUCAAGACCAUCCCAGGGGCCCCUCCAUUCCCAAGCACGCAGGAGUUCCUUGAGAAGCUGGGCGAUGGUGAAUGGUAUUCAACUUCUUGGAUUGAGUCUCAAUUGCAACAAAGAGGCUUUGUCGACAUUGACGUGAGAACCGAAGCCAAGGCUCUUCCCCUCAAAGUACCUGAAUUUGUAGAAAUGACGAUGAUCAUGUUUCCAAUGAUCGUUAAGAACUGGUGGACUGAGCAGCAGAGAGAGGAGAGUCUCGACAAGGUUCGUCCUGCAUUGGUGAGAUAUUUGACGGAUGUUUAUGGCGAGGAGGGGGAGAUUGAUAUGGAGUGGACGGCGAUUCUCUCAACUGCCCGCAAGGCAAGCCAGAAAUAG